UAGAAAAGGGGGCGUAAUGAAAAUACGUGUUUUUGUGAUCUUUUAAUUAGUGUGCUUUCAUCAAAUUCCAGGAUUUUAAUUCAAUUUGCCGCAACGCUAGUAGAUUUUAUGAUGGGCCAUGUGAGACAAAAAUUCUGAACCGGAAGACGGCUAUGUUUCAUCAAAAUUAGCCUCAUAUUUUUCUUUGGGAGGCCACAAAGUUUAAAAAAAACAAAAAAUAGUCAUGCUGUUCGGCCGGGGAAUUGGAACUGCCACUUUUGCUCUCUUGAUUUUAAGUCAUUUUUGCGUAGGAAUCAGAAAAUAUGAUAAAAGUGAUCUAGACAGUUUAAAAGAGGAAGUCCGUCAGAUGUUUCAACAUGCUUACGAUGGAUAUUUAAAAUAUGCCUACCCCUACGAUGAACUGCGACCAUUGACCUGCGAUGGGAUUGAUACGUGGGGCAGUUACUCAUUAACGCUAAUUGAUGCUCUGGACACACUGGCUGUUGUGGGAAAUUACACCGAAUUCAGGAGAGUUGCAGAAUUGCUGGCGUCCACAGCAAACUUCGAUGGGAACAUCAAUGUGUCCGUUUUCGAGACCAACAUUCGAAUUGUCGGAGGACUUUUGAGCGCCCAUCUAAUGUCUCACAGAGCUGGAGUUGACUUAGAGCCAGGGUGGCCUUGCAACGGUCCUUUGUUGCGUCUAGCUGAGGACGUAGCAAAGAGGCUGAUUGCUGCUUUUGACACUCCAACUGGCAUGCCCUAUGGGACUGUCAACCUUCGACAUGGAGUUCCCGAAGGAGAGACCCCCAUCACUUGUACGGCUGGAGUUGGAACGUUCAUCGUAGAGUUCGGUGCCCUUUCUCGACUAACUGGAGAUCCGCUUUACGAAGAAGUUGCAAUGAAAGCUAUUAAUGCUCUUUACCAUCACAGGUCCAACAUUGGCCUUAUGGGUAAUCACAUCGACAUACUGACUGGGAGGUGGACAGCACAAGACGCAGGAAUUGGUGCUGGAGUUGAUUCUUAUUACGAGUAUCUAGUUAAAGGAGCAGCUUUAUUACAAAAGCCUGAGCUGCUCAAGGUCUUUCACGAAGGAAGGGAAGCCAUCAACAAGUAUCUGAAAAGGGACGACUGGCACCUUUGGGUAUCCAUGCACAAAGGACAAGUCACACUGCCAGUUUUCCAGAGUCUUGAGGCAUAUUGGCCUGGUCUGCUAAGCUUGAUUGGUGAUAUUAAUAGUGGAAUGAGAUCGUUGCACAAUUAUCACCAGGUUUGGAAGCAAUAUGGAUUCACUCCAGAAUUCUACAACAUUCCACAGGGAGAGGCAGGGACUAAUCGAGAAUCUUAUCCGCUGCGGCCAGAGCUCAUAGAGUCCGUCAUGUACCUCUACAGAGCAACUAGAGACCCUUAUCUUCUAGAUGUGGGGGUUGAUAUUUUGAGGAGCAUCCAAUUCAGCUCUAAGACCAACUGUGGCUAUGCAACGAUUAAAGAUGUAAGGGACCAUCGAAAAGAAAAUAGAAUGGAGUCAUUUUUCUUGGCAGAGACGACAAAGUACCUUUAUCUCCUUUUUGACACUGAUAACUUUAUCCACAACAAUGGGGGCCAAGGAAAACUCAUAAGCACACCUUGGGGAGAAUGUGCUAUAGAAACUGGAAAUUAUAUCUUCAACACUGAGGCUCAUCCAAUUGAUCCUGGUGCCCUCCAGUGUUGUACUGGACAGAGGGACACUGAUUUCAAAGCUCAUGUUCAGUCUCAGCUUCUUGCAAGUUUAGAUCCCGAGGUGUUCAGCAGCUUGCGUGGAGAACGCCUUCAGAAGCGUACUGCUCGACCCCCUCAAAAGCUCAAGCAGAGCGAAAAUAAAAUGAUUUACAUUCCUACUCCUCCACCACCAACUAGUCCAUCGAUCAAACAGCAAACCACAACUGCCGAGCUCAAGAGUUUCCAGCAUCAAGAGUCGGAAGUGGAAGAUUCGUUGGUUGUCAAGGUUCCUGCAACGACAACCACGUUGAAACCUCACAGCAACUUGAGCGGCCACAUUGAUGGAGACAUCACAGGCGUUGGAACAGUUGAGCUUGUUCAGUCCGAGUACAGACGCAAGAAGAAAGAGAUUAUGGAUGUUGACUCAUCUUCCCCUUCAACAAUUUCCCCCCAAUCGGACACGCGGCCAAGCUUUUCUGGCAGCGAGAAGAGCAACGCUGCUUACCGAAACGAACAAGAGCUGCUUGACAUAUCGACUGAGAGUUCAGCCAGUGCGGACAGCGGUUUCACAUUGCCAACUUUUGUGAAGCAGUUUUUGUCCACGAAGCAAUUUGAUCCUCAAGCAAUGCUUGAAAGACUGAGGGCAAACAGAAGAUAUGAUUUGAACGCUACGUGGAGUACCGAUUUUAAAUUAUUGUAUUGCCCGGCCCAACCAUUUUUGCAAAGAAUGUCCGUUAUGGGCGAAUUUUACGAAACAUUGACCUAAAUACGUUUUUUUCUAGCACUGCUUUUGUGUUUUAAAUAUAUGUGCAAGGCUGUGUUGAUUGAUAAAAUUUUGCUUUGUUGUUAGAAUUCCUUGAAAUGAAAUUAAAAGCUCGGUUUUUGUUAAA